CAGUAAAUAAAAGCAUGGAGGCUCUGACUCUCGGGAUCUAACACCGAGCAGCGGGGGGUAAAGACACUGCCGCAUGCGCUCUCCCUUUCACCAAAACACACAGGAAGGACGCAGGCCAGCGGCGGACGCUUUGCCAGUUGGAUUGAAGUCAUUUUACGUGGAAGAGAGGAUUGUAGUUGGCGACCGGAGCGGGGCAGCCCGCCGUGCUGAGCAUGAAGCGGACGGCUGUAGUGGCCAGGCACAAUGGCCUCGUCUCUCCGCUGGGGAACAACAACUCCGGGGCUUCGAGCAUCGUCUCACCACCACAGCCGAGAGCCACUAGCAUCUCCGCUUCUGCCGACAGCGGUGUCGUCGGUGGGAUGGACGGCCUACUGGAUUUCUCCAAAGGCCCCACCGUCAAAACUGAACUGGUCUGCAAAUGGAUUGACCGAACUUCUUCGAGACAGAGGCUUGGGCGGACGGCGACAUCCGUCUGCGACCAAACUUUCAGCUCCAUGCACGAGCUGGUGGACCACGUCACCACCGAGCAUGUAGCGGCGGGUCUCGAGACCCUCAGUCACGUCUGCAUGUGGGACGAGUGUAUGCGCGGCGGGAAGGCGUUCAAAGCCAAAUACAAACUCAUCAACCACAUUCGCGUGCACACCGGGGAGAAGCCCUUUUCCUGCGCAUUUCCCAACUGCGGCAAGAUGUUCGCACGCUCCGAGAACCUCAAGAUCCACACGCGCACGCACACUGGUAGGGUUUCAUGAUUCUCUUGACUACACACACAGCGCUGCGACACACUCA